AUGAAUGAAGACGAACUUAACGAUAAAUCAAUCUUGUACACCCUAUUUUGCUCUACAACCAGGCGAAGUGUCGAAAUACCUUUCAGAAGCAAAGCAAAAGCUGCCUCUUUCAUGGGUUGGAAAGAUACAUGUUCGUUCUAUACUCCUGAUGAUAUUUACGAAUGCAUUGAUGUAUCUCUAUCUAGAUCUAGUAGCAAUAUAGUAUUGACCUUGAUAGCCGCGCUUACGUUUGAUUACUUUAUUUCACAAAAAAUUCAACGAGUCUUCAAACCUUUGCAAGCAGAAAUUACGCCUAUUACCUUCAAAGACAUAACUUUAUCUUCACUUCACGUUGCUGCUGCAUUGAAUGACGUGGAUUCUGUAUCUCACUUUGUUCAGAGCAACAAAGCUAAUGAAUUGUGUGGCAUUAAGCGUUUCUUUGAAGAGGACAAAUCUCCACUUUAUUAUGCUGUAAUUUAUGCUGCCAAUGAUGUAGUUCAUUAUCUAGCUCAGGAGGUAGAUGUAGGUGUUUUGCAUCGUUGUAUCAGAUCAGUAUUAACCACUGGCACAUCUAAGAUGAAAUCAAGUAAAUCUCUUUAUUUAUUACAACAGCGAUACCUCAGCAUCAUAUUUGAAAAGGAUAAGCCACACAAUAUAGAUAAAGAGAAAUUUGAUGCUAUUGUAAAUGAUUCAAGCUACCCUAUUCAUCACUCUAUACAUUUGAGAUACUUUUCCAUAGCUUUAUAUCUUCUUAGAAGUCAUAUUUUCAACAUCAACUCUCUUAAUGAAAAUUUUUUGACACCAUUGCAGAUAGCUAUUGAGUCAAAGUGUUUAGAGACCAUAAGAACUAUAACAGAAUACUCUGAUUGCAAUUUAUUGUGCAAAAACGUCAAAGGCCUCACACCACUUCAUUUAGCAUGUGAAUCAGGAUGCUUAGACAUCGUGCAGCAUUUCAUAAAUGAUAAAGAGAUUGAUGUUAAUAUUCCAACUUCAAAUUUGGAUUCGCCUUUGCACAUUGCUUGUAAAAAUUGUCACCUUAACAUUGUUAAAUUUUUAACUAAAGACUCAAAAUGUGACAUUGAAGCAGUAAAUCGAAAUAGUGAUAGACCUAUCCAUGUAGCUGUUCAGUCUGUCAACAUUGAUAUCGUUAAACAUCUUAUCAGCAGAAACUGUAAUCUCAAUGUAAAGGGUCAAAAAGGUCACACACCACUACAUUAUGCUUGCAUAGUGGGGGGACAGAGGGGUGGCUUUGAACUUGUUAAAAUACUUACCAGUGUUCCUCAAUGUGAUAUUAAUGCUUUUGAUAAUUUUAAUGAAGGGCCUAUACACAAAGCAUCACGUGUUG